AUGGUGAUGGAGGUUUUUCUGGAUCCGAGUAAGGAUUUCUCCAUUGACGACCCCAUUAUAAUCACCCAGUUCAACUUAUCAAAAGCGGUGAAAGAUAGCAUUUUAACGAAUUUCGGUGAAUGUGGUCUGGCCUCAUGUAUGAAUUCAUUUCAAGUGAAGUAUGUGAACCCAAUUACAAAGGUCUGCAUUUUUAGGACUUCAAGAGAGGACUACCAGAAAGUGUGGGCUGCGAUUACUAUGGUUAAGAGCAUCGGAACUUGUCCGGUCGUUUUCAAUCUUCUUGACCUAAGUGGUAGUAUUAGGGCCUGCAGAAAUGCUGCCUUGAAGUGUGAUGAGUCGAAAUUCGAACAGUACAAAAUAUUAGCUGGGGAUCGCAUCUCGUCUGGCACGCACCAGCAGAUGCAAAACUGCCUUGAGAAGAUCAAACUCUUGGAACAUUAA